CUAUUUAUCGAGUCACUCCGACUUACAAGAUAUCAAAAAACAGACAACAACGCCAAACUCGUUCAAGAUGGCGGACAACAUGAACGACGAAUACUCGACGGCGCGCAAGUUGACGCAGCGAGCUGCGGCCCGAGAAAAAGCUCUGUCGAACGUCACAUCCUCUAAGGGACUGGUGCCUUACCAGAGCGGGAGCGACGACGGAAUAGGAAGCCUAGGUGCGGAUUUCUCGGACAUGGCCCUAAAACCCGAUCACGUUCAACGACCCUGCUGGACUUGCCCCGAUGGAAACAUCUACCUCGAAGCCUUCCACGACCUGUACGUCCAGGCCUACGAUUUUUUGGUGGCCAUUUCCGAACCAGUGGCACGCCCCGAGUUUGUCCACCAGUACAAACUCACGCCGUAUUCGUUGUAUGCAGCGGUGGCUACGAACAUCGAGACCGAAUCGAUCAUCAAUGUUCUGGAACGACUCUCCAAGAACGCUCUUCCGAAAGAGGUCAAGAAGUUCGUCCGGGAUUGCACUUCGAAGUACGGAAAGGCAAAACUGGUUCUGAAACAUAACAAAUUCUACGUCGAGUCCGAAUUUCCSAUGGUGUUGCGGGAGUUGUUGCGAGACCCAGUUAUCGCGCAAGCCAGGAUUCACGACCAGCAGGCCGAUGUCGAUGAGUUUGGUUUUACCACGCACACAAAGGCAGAAGAAAUGAGGGAGAAUUUAGAAAUGCUUAGAGAACCUGGGGACGGAGACUCCGAUGACGAAGACGACAUGGACGGAAUGUCAUCGAAGCAAAAAAAGCCCACCGUAGUCGUGUCGUUUCAGGUAGACGGAAUCAAAGUGGAAAACGUCAAGAGGCAGGCCAUUGAAUUGGACUACCCGUUGAUGGAGGAAUAUGAUUUCCGAAACGAUACAAUGAAUCCGAAUGUUCCGUUAUUUGAUCUCAAACCCAUUACACGCAUUCGUAGAUACCAAGAACGAUCCUUGGCAAAGAUGUUUGGAAAUGGUCGCGCUAGAUCUGGAAUCAUCGUCUUGCCGUGUGGUGCAGGAAAGACACUCACGGGGGUCACGGCCGCGCAAACGAUAAAAAAGAGUUGCGUUUGCCUAGCGACUAAUGCCGUUUCUGUUUUACAGUGGAAAUACCAAUUUCAAAAGUGGACCAACAUUCCCGACGAUCGGAUUUCUGUCUUCACAAGUGAUCAGAAGGAUCAACUUCAUCCGGAUGCUUGCGUUUUGGUGACGACGUAUACAAUGAUUUCAUAUUCUGGAAAAAGGUCCGAGCAGUCCCAAAAGGUAAUGGACCAAAUCACAGGUCGAGAAUGGGGUUGUCUCUUGAUGGACGAAGUCCACGUCGUUCCCGCGAAAAUGUUUCGACGUGUCAUCGGAUCUGUCAAAGCCCACACUCGAUUAGGGCUCACGGCAACACUGGUGCGAGAAGACGACCUAAUUUCGGAUCUGAAUUUUCUCAUUGGACCAAAAUUAUACGAGGCGAAUUGGAUGGAUCUAACGGCACAGGGAUAUCUUGCAAACGUCCAAUGCGUGGAAGUGUGGUGUCCCAUGACCGGGCCGUUUAUGAAAGAGUACCUAACCGCCAGCAACGCACGAUUGAAGCAGCUCUUGUAUGUCAUGAAUCCGUCUAAGUUGCGGGCAGUCGAAUUUUUGGUCAGRUUCCACGAACAAAGGGUAGGUUYUAUAGUCUUCGUUUCUUGUAUMUUUUGAUUAUCCUUCGUUGCUUUUUCGCCGUUGUUUGGUUGAGUCCUGGGUUUCUCGCACACAAACAACUGAUUUGAUUAAUUUGCCUCCUUUUCUACUACACGUGCACAGGGCGACAAGAUCAUCGUGUUUUCUGAUUUGGUGUAUUCUCUGAAAUUAUACGCCGAGAUGCUCAAGAAACCAUUGAUUUAUGGAGAAACACCAGAGAGAGAACGGCAGGCAAUUCUUGGUACAUUCCGAGCAACCGAUGCGCUGAGAACUAUAUGCAUUUCGAAGGUUGGUGACACCUCCAUUGAUCUUCCCGAGGCGAACGUUAUUGUCCAAGUAUCCAGUCACUUUGGAAGUCGACGGCAAGAAGCACAGAGACUGGGUCGAAUUUUGCGACCCAAAUCCUACACCCAAACAGAUGGUUCMAACAAAAGCUCCUUCAAUGCUUUCUUUUACACUCUUGUUAGUUCGGACACCCAAGAGAUGUUUUACUCUGCGAAACGGCAGCAAUAUUUGAUUGAYCAAGGUUACACAUUCAAAAUUGUCACCAAUCUCUGCGAAAAAGCAGCAGAGGACGCGAAAAAUCUUAUAGGAACGGACAAUAGCUAUGCCUUUAGCACGGCCGCGGACGAUCGAGAUAUGUUGCGGAAGGUGAUGAACUCCGAAACCGACUUGGAUAAGGAACAGCGAGCCGAGGAUGCAGCCAUACGGAAGAGCAAUCCGGACGGAGCCCACAUGGCGGAUGCACGUACGAAACGAACGGGUGGGAUGUCCAUGUCCCAGGUAUCUGGUGGAUCGGGAAUGAGGUACAAGGAAAUGAAUACAUCCAAGAGACAUCCUCUCUUCCGAAAGAGACAGCGGCGUUGAUCGAAGAAACAUCCCGAACUCCGUUCCUCUGGUCGCGUCGUGUUGGACACUCAMAAAAUAUACUUCAAAUAUUUUA